AUUUGUCAUACAUAAACGACAGAAACUCUAUACAGUAAAGUCUCCUUAAUUUUCGCCCCAUAAUCUUUGCAUUCCUUCACACGUACUUUCACAAACACUAAUAUCGUACCUCGUCCUUUUACAGAAUACCCUCACUGCAGUAUGAGUCUACCAAUCACCGUGUACUUUGCUCGCGCAAGUACUCGGUGAUUGGUGGAUUCGUGCUGUGGUGAGGGUAUUCUAUAAUUUUGGCAUUCCGCUCUUAUCGUCCCAUCGGCCAAAAUUAAAGAGACUCUACUGCAUAUAAAACAGUCGCUUUAAAAAUAUAGUCUACUUUAUCCUUUCCGAUUUUAUCGACCUGCCAUCUUGUUGGACAACCAUGUUGCUGUCGAUAUUUCUCGUUUCCUUCCUGGCAUUCGCAAAUGCUGGAUGGUUGGAUGGCGUGUUAGAUCUAAUCCCGAAAUUGAAACCAGCAGAAAAGAUACCAGAAAUGCUGAAUCUGUUAACAAAUACGUCUGAGGAUGCACUGCUUACCACGAUGGAACUAAUAAAAAAAUACGGUUAUAAUGGUGAGCUGCAUAAAGUGACCACUUCCGACGGCUACAUUUUGGAACUACAUCGGAUAACAGGACGAUCUAAUUCUACCGACUCAAAUGCACAAAAACCUAUUGCGUUUGUGAUGCACGGUCUUCUAUGUGACUCAUCAGUUUGGGUUCUUUCGGGCCCUGAAAGAAGCUUAGCGUUUAUUCUGGCGGAUGCGGGAUACGAUGUGUGGCUCGGUAACGCGCGUGGCAAUCGGUAUGCUCAUACCCAUGCAAAUCGCAAAAUCAAGGAUAACGAUUACUGGAACUUCAGUUGGCACGAAAUCGGCACGCUUGAUCUUCCAGCGAUGAUAGAUCACAUUGUGAAGACCACCGGCCGUAAAAAAAUGUUCUACCUAGGACACAGUCAAGGUACCACCACUUUCUUCGUUAUGGCGUCAGAACGACCAGAAUAUCAGGAGUAUAUUGAGGAGAUGUACGCUAUGGCUCCGAUCGCUUACUGCGGCAGGAUGAAGAGUCCUCUUUUACAGAUUUUGGCACAGUUCACCAUUAGCGUUGAUCGAUUCUGGGAUAGAGUCGGUUAUCAUGAAUUCAAUCCUGAUAACGUCUUGACAAAUGCAGUUCAACAAUUGAUGUGCGCAGAAAAAGCUGUUACUCAACCCAUAUGCUCAAAUUUGAUGUUCCUGGUGACUGGAUUCAACGUUAAACAAUUUGAUCCGGCUCUUCUACCGGUAAUUUUAGGACAUGUUCCUGCUAGUGCUGCAACGAAGCAACUUCUUCAUUAUGCUCAACUCAUCAAGUCAGGGACAGUUCUAUUACCGGGAAAGUUUAAACAAUACGAUCACGGACUGAUCCAAAAUAAAAAAAUAUAUGGCUCAUCAACUCCACCGAUAUAUGAUGUAAGCAAGAUCAAAGCACCGGUCCAUUUAUACUACAGUAAAAAUGAUUGGUUAGCAAACGUCAAGGAUGUGGAAAAGUUGCAUAGUCAGUUAGGCAAUCCCUCCGGUAAGACCUUAAUAGCAGACAAGAAAUUUAAUCAUGUGGACUACAUGUGGGCCAUAGACGUGAAGAAGUUUGUGUACGACCUGAUACUCGCUGAAAUGAAGAAAAAAUUGUAAUGAAAUGAUUCUAUUCCUCGAAAUUUCUAUAAAGAUUAAUUCACAAAAUUGACGAGGAAUUUGCCUUUCUCGUUGACAGGAUUGUUUUGUCUCAAGAUCAAUACUUGGGUCCAAUAUAAUUCAAUAUGUACCGAUUUUUUUAAGUUAUCAAUCUCUUAUUAAUGCGUUUACGUUCUUAUAAAAUAUUUUGUCUAUGAAAUGUCUUUGAAAUAUAAUACGUAUACUUGACAUUUUGUACUUAUCUUAUAAAUUCCUAUUUUCUUGUAUUAUACAUUUACAGCAUUA